CGUAGAGAUCAAUCAGCUGAGCCAACUCUCGAAUCAUCGAUACAUGGGAAUCUCUUGACGGUCUUCAGCUCCAUCAAGCGAUGAUGAACGUAUUCACGGGCCCGACACGAACGUGGGAUUGCGGCGACGACGACUGCGCUCUCUUCGAUUCCGGCCAGCUGAGAGACACGUCAUGAUAUAUUAUUAUCAGGCCAAGCUGUUCGAGACUCGCGUCGUUACGAGCACGGAUCGGAUUCGCCAGGCGGUUCAAGAAAUCCCGAAAUCGAGCCAUGGCACAAGUUCUCAUGCAACAGUACUUCGUCGAAGUGCCUGUGGUGACAAGAACCUACGUGGCCGCGUGUGUUUUGACAACGCUUGCGGUUGAACUUGACGUGAUCAGCCCGCUGUCGCUCUACUUCAACCCGACCCUAAUUCUUCGCGGCCAGGUGUGGCGGCUAUUAACAAGUUUCACAUACUUCGGCCCGCUAGGCUUCAAUCUCUUCUUCAACAUGCUAUUCACGGUGAGGUACUGUCGGAUGUUGGAAGAGGGCUCGUUUCUGGGGCGCACGGCGGACUUCGUUUGGAUGUUCAUACUCGGAGGUGCGAGUACGGCGAUCGCCAAUCUCCUCGUACGCAUACUGUUCCUCGGAGAGGCGUUCACCACGAUGUUGGUCUACGUCUGGGCUCGGCGGAACCCACAUUUCCGGCUGAACUUCUUCGGCCUCUUCAACUUCCAGGCUCCGUACCUACCCAUUGUUCUCUUCUCGUUCGGUCUGCUGCUCAAUAACGGGUGGGUUGUCGAUCUGAUUGGCAUCGUCGUGGGUCACAUGUACUACUUUCUCGAGGAUGUGUUCCCGCGACAGCCGGGCGGCUUCAAGGUCAUCAACACCCCACAAUGGCUGAAAUCACUGCUCGAUAACGAACUUGCUGAAGAAGAUGUCCCGGUCGUCGAUGCGGGCUUGAAUAUUCGGCCCGAUGGAGCUCAGGAGGAUAAUAUGUAGCGUCGGAGUCCAUAUGAGUCGACCAAGCUGACGACGCGAUGGAGCUUCCAUCGAAUCGAGCCCAUACCUCAACAUUCGUCUUCUACAUGCGAUGACCUCAGAAAACUUCACCAAAGCCAAAACUCGGUGGAGGGGCCGAGGAGGAGAACGCACGGUCCGGAGCUAUCAUAGUUCCGCUUCUUCGCGAGGAGAUGAGCGGAUGGCAACCUUGCGGCGAGCAGGGUCGAUUUAUCCCAUUCAUCGAUGCGCUUGUUACGGAAAAGGGACAGGAGCCCUUCGCACCGCGCGGAGGCAGAGACGCACGAUAGAUUUUGUAGAAUUUAUGAAAACCUAUAGGAUUGCAAACAUGGGAUGACUCAUGGACACAUUUAUCAAAAGACUCUGGGUCGAUGCGGGAGGGGAGCGUUGGCUCAAGUGAAUUCGUGCAAUGUAAAUAUCUGAGACCGGAUCAUGUGUGAGAGAGGGGCACUUACCUUGGACCAGGUGCCAGGUGAGCCUGAUAGCCGAGCAUGAACCUGAAGUGUUGAUAUUGGAAUGAAUAUGACGAUAUUUUCGAGAUGCCUUGGUUUAAUAAAGUCGAUCGAACUCGAGCCGUUUA